AUGACGGGUAAACGUUGGAACGACGACGUCGCUUACGUUUUCUCCACUCAAAGAGUAUUUCUAAGAGUAUACGGUUUGUGGCCAUUGGAAACGCAGACAGUGUUCACGAAGAUACGAUGGGGCGCUUGCAUGAUUGCACAGUUUUUGAUACUACCCUUCGUUAUAAUGGAUCUCUUCUGGGGCAGUAAGGAUGCCGGCUCAAAUAUAGAAUGUGUAACAUACCUUGUGUCUACGACGAUCGCAAUCAUAAAAGGUUUAUGUCUUACCGCCAGUAAAAAGAAAUUGGCAACAAACAUUAACGCUGCUAUCGAUGAUUGGAUAUCUGCUAAAGAUAAUAAGGAAACUAAGAAGAUUAUGAAGAAACAUGCAGAUAGAUCUAGAAUACUUACCCUUGCGUUAUUAUACUCACUAUUCAUUUGUUGUGGCGCAUAUAUAGCAGUCGUCAUUUUCAUAAAUCUGAAGAUACUCUUCACGGACGAAAUUUUAGUGGAUGUUAAUACAACAAAUUGGGUGUUUAUGUAUCCAUCUGGUCCAUUGGGUAAUUUGAUCACGGGUUCACAAUUUGCAAUACUCUUGCCUAUCCAGGUCGUUCAAGCAAUAACAUUAUCCAUCUUAUUAUGUAUCGCGGACUGCUUCUUCUUUAAUAUCACGAUACAUCUCACUGGUCAACUCGAAUUGCUUAAGAACAAAUUCAAAAUUUUUGCAAACGAACCGGACACCGAGGCAAAUUAUCGAAAGAAAUUUGUCGGUUUGAUUAACAGGCACAGCGAGCUAAUGGAAUUGUAUGAAAAUUUGGAAGAUAGCUUUCACUUUCUUAUAUUAUCUCAACUUGUGGUAACGACAAUUAUGCUUGCAAUGAUAGGAUUACGUUUAAAUAUAUACCUGAACGAGAAAAAUUAUAUUGAAGCAACAAAGAGUGUUCUUGUCUUGAACUACUUAUUAAUGCAAUCAUUAGUAUACACGUAUGGUGGUGAAUACCUGCAAAAGGAAAGCGAAGGCAUAUUCCAUGCGUUAUACACAACUUCCUGGUUUAGGCUUCCUUUAACGUUGAUGAAGGAUUUGCAUUUCGCGAUGAUGAGAUCGAGUAUUCCGUUUCGCUUAACCGGUGGAAAAUUUUUCUUUGUUAAUCGCGAGACAAUGAUGUACAUCUUCAAGACAUCGGCCUCGUAUAUUUCAGUUUUACGAAUAGCGAUAAGAAAGUCAUAUAAUCAGUAGCAUUCAUGUGUGCGUAUAUGCGUCGUGUGUAUGUCCGUACGUAUGGCGAGAUUAAAAAUUCUUCAGAGAUCUUAUGACAACUGAUACUAUGUGCAAAUAUGGAUUAAAAAUAUUUUGAAACUAUUCACUUUGGCUUGCAGUAAAGAAAAAAGAUGCCAUUUAUUUGAUUAAACUGAAUCGUUCACAACGUUUAUGUCGCAUAUCAAUCGAGAAAAGAACGGGAUAUUUCGCGGAAUUAAAUUUUGGAAUUUAAUAUAUUUGCAAUUUACAUUAAGAUACAUUGUUUAACCCUUUUAGUACUAUGGACAUGUAAACACAUCUAGCAAAUGACACACUGAGGGUUAUUGGCGAGUUUAUGCAUUUGCUGAAUCGGAGCGCUAUAGGCAUAUAUUUUUAUGUGAAUUUAGUCUUAAUAAAAUUUUAAAAUAAACAAAAGCUUAGCGCUAACACGUGCUACAGUUAUGAUAUUUCGCGCACACACGAUCCAUUCAUUAAAAGUAUUUAGCACUGAAAGAGUUAAUUAUAAGGAACGAUUAAUGCACCAUAAAAUGUCCGUCAUGAAUUCUGGCCUCGACUUUACAUUAUUAUU